GUUACACAAUAGUUGUAGCCGGAUAGCUAGUUAGUUUACUAAGUAGUAGCUAGUUUCCACACAUAAACUAUCUUGUGUAGAAGUUUUUGUUGUUAUAUUUAUUUGUACAUGUCUAAUACCUGAGACUAAACAGACAUUAACACUUUAACUAACAGAGAAUUGAGUGUUUUGCUAAUUUAACAUUUAACCUAGCUUAAAUAUUUACAGUUUUGGUUGCUGUUUCUGUCACCUUUAAUAUGAAAUAUUUAACAGGAAUAAUAACAGCAACCUACUUAUACAGCACCUCCCUAAACCAGAGUUUAAAGGUCCUUUACAAAGCAAACAUUAAAACAUAGGGGACAAAACACCAUACACAUAAAUAACAAAAAUAAAAUAACCACUGUUCUAGGAGUGAAAAGACAAGCAGACCAACAUAGUAAAAAGAACACACACACAAAAACAAAAUAAAAUAACUACAACUUAAAUAUUCAGUCAAUAAGAUUUUGCACUUUAAGUUCCUUUUGCUGCAUUACAUUCACAUUAUUUAGACAGUUAACAAUAUCUAAUGUAACAGAGAUUAGUUGGUGCAUUUCUAAUUAAUUAAGGACCAAAUAUCUUCCAGUUACAUCUACUGAAGAAUGAAGAGUUGCUUAAUAUAACUGUAUAACUGAUAAAAUUACAGAUUUAAGAGCAUUACUUUGGGUUCUGGUGAAUUUUGGUGGCCACUUUACAUCAUCCUUUGCAUUUCAUUAAAAAAAACAAACACUAUUUUUCCAUAAUAUAUUUAUUUUCAGAGGUUUCAGUUCUUAUUUUACUGUAUCAGUGCUGAUAAUACAACAUAUUCUCAUUGCCUAUUUAAAAAAGAGCAUUCUUUCAUAUUCAGAAAGACUUCAUAAGGUGAAAUUCCUCCACUUUCUUCUGACCUUUUCAACCUAAAACUAGGGAGCACAAAUGGGCAACUUAAUAAUACACUAGUUGUUCCAGAGCAGUGAAAUGGGCUCUGAGGAUCUCAUGACACACUCACACUCUCAAAGGCAUUUAUCACAUGCUGAUGGCACAAGGAAUUGUUAUUUAUUUAAAGCUGUUAAAUAGAUUCUCAGGACGUAGCUAGGCAUGUGUGACAUAUCCCAUCAAUAUCUGUCAAUAACUGCUGAUAACUUAAAUAUAUGUUCCAUUAUAUGUCUCACUGAUGUUGUGACAGAUUAAUUAUGUGCAUGUGUUUUGUGAAUAUGUUUAUUUUUGGCUCGACAAAACAACCCACACAAGCAUUUUUCAAACAAUUCUGACAUUUUUAAAACUAAAAAUCACAAGGAGGCUGAAUGAUAAUGAAAAUAACUGUCCAUUGCAGCACGGAAAAGCAAACUGAAAAUCACAAAAUGCUUCACAUACCAAGCAAAGGUUACAUAAGAAAUUACAUAAAUGGACAUACGAGGAAAUAAAGUUUGAAAUGAGCCAGAUAAAAUAUUAAAUGGGCAAACCACAGAGAGAUGGCAUAAAAUUACGUAACGGCACCUGAAAACUCAGUAAAGUAACUAAGCACCAAUAAAGCCACAAUAAAAGUAGAGGUAGCAAUACUCGUAAAGUUAGAAUGAAAUGUCAUAAUAAUGCUCAAUUCUGUGAAAAUGACAAUAAGAAAGUGCUUUAUAACAAAAAUAUGGAUGCAAAAAUAGAAAUAAAGUGCAGAAAAACACUCUAAUCAUGUGGAACUAAAGGAGAACAGGUUUGCUAAUGUAAAAAAACGUUCAUGGAAGUGAGUUUAGAAUGUUAUUUCCAAAUAAUUUUCAUCUCAUUUUGACAAAUAAUUGAAGUUUUCAUCACCAAUAUUUGAAUUAAAGCUGUGUACAGAGCAAUUUAAAGUUUGCUUUGGGUUGCUUGUCUGAAGUAAACAACUUUCUUGACUUUUCAUUUGUUUUCUUGACAUUGUCUCACCGAUUAGGGAAAGUACAGAUAAGCUGUUUGUUUCUCCACUUAGUUUAUCAUCAGUUCAGUUAUUUGGAGCUUCAGGUGUUUUUAUCUCACAGCCAGUUUUUCCAGUUUGGUUUUUUCCUCGUACACACAGACGCUUACAGGAAAUUACAAUCAAACGAAUGAAGAAACGAGAUCUUGCAAUGCAGAAGUUGUUUGUUUUUAGCAGCAUUUACUCAAUAAUCAAUGAAGAUGAUGGUGUUGAAGGUGUCUUGGUCAGUAAUGUUUAGUUACAUAUUUUUUCCAAUAAAGGUUUCAGCGUAAGGAUUUGCUGAUUUUUUUGUUUUUGUUUUUUUUAUUGGAUCUUAAAUUAUUUAUCUUUGACUUUAGAACAAACAAAAUGUGCAAUGUCAAGUUGUCACCUUGGAUUUAAGGAUGUUGAUAGUGAUAGUUACCUGUUUCUGAAAAUGAUUAAAUCAAACCAAGUUAAAUUUGUUAUAGUACGUUUUGUAAUGACCUGAACUGACCAAAAUAAGAAGAGAACAGAAUAAAAACUCUGAAUCAUUCCCUGCUACUAAGAAUAAACACAAUGACAAUUUAAAAAAACAAAGUCUACAAUGAAACAAAUAUAAAAUCUUAAAGUACACCGUCAGUCCAAAAAAAAGUCGCACACUCUAAUAUUUCAUUGGACCGUCUUUAGCUCUGAUAACAGCACACAUUCACUGUAGCAUCGUUUCUAUAAGCUUCUGCAAUGUCACAACAUUUAUUUCUGUCCAGAGAUUCAUUAAUUUUCUACCAAGAUCUUAUAUUAAUGAUGGGAGAGUCAGACAAAAUCUUCUCUAGAACAUCCCAAAGAUCCUCAGUGGGGCUGAGGUCUGGACUCUGUGGAGGACAAUCCAUCUCCUGCUCCCUGAUCCACUCAUUCUCAAUGUGAACCCAUGAAUCCUGGCAUCAUCAUCUUGGAACAUGUCCAUGUCAUCAGGGAAGAAAAACUCCACUGAUGUAAAGAUCUGGUCAUUCAGUAUCUUCAGAUCUGCUGGACACCAUGACUCACUGACGUCCUUUUAGAAACCGAAGCUGAAUAUUUUGUGGGUCAGCCGACCGCCAUGCCGCCUCCAGACGGCUGCUCCAUCAACGCAGCGCCUUCGGACAAGAGCGAGGACAGCGAACCGCUCAUCGAGAAUCAUGCAGUUCCUCCUCGGUGCUGCUCGGCUCGUCUCAACCUCGCCGUCCUCAUGUUCUUGGGCUUCUGCGUCGUCUACGGUCUCCGUGUCAACCUCAGCGUCGCCAUGGUAGCGAUGGUGAACAGCACGGAGCCUGAGCCGGCCGGCAACACCUCCGUCGUCCAUGCAUGUCCCGUGCCGUCGGGGAGAGAAAACACCAGCGACACUUUCCAGCAGCCUAAAGGGACCCCUCAGUACUCCUGGGACUCGGAGACUCAGGGCUGGCUGCUGGGAGCCUUCUUCUUCGGAUACCUGUGCACCCAGAUCCCGGGCGGAUACCUGGCCGGCCACUACGGGGGGAGCCUCUUCUUGGGUCUGGGGGUGUUGGGCACGGCGGCCCUCACCCUCCUCACCCCUCUGGCUGCACAGUGGGGGUCCUACUGGCUGUUUGCACUGCGAGCGCUGGAGGGUUUUGGAGAGGGGGUGACGUUCCCGGCCAUGAUGGCGCUGUGGGCUCGCUGGGCUCCUCCUCUGGAACGUUCUCGCCUCAUGACCCUGUCGGGGUCCGGGGCCAACUUCGGGGCCUUUCUGGCUCUGCCGCUCACCGGCUACAUCUGCCAGACACUGGGCUGGCCGGCCGUCUUCUACCUCUGUGGAGGCGCUGGAUGCCUCUGGGCAGUUUUCUGGUUUAUGUUUGUGUCCGAUGACCCUCGCACUCAUCGUCGAAUCAGCGAAGAGGAGAGAGAUUACAUCAUCAACUCCAUCGGACCGCAGGGUACAGGUCACGGCUGGUCCAUCCCUCUAGUGUCCAUGCUGCUGUCAGUCCCUCUGUGGGCGAUAAUCAUCACCCAGAUGUGUUCAAACUGGGCCUACUACACUCUGCUCACCUCCCUGCCCACAUACAUGGACACCAUCCUGCACUUCGACCUGCAGUCGAAUGGGUUUCUGUCCGCCCUGCCGUACCUCGGUGCCUGGUUGGUCUCCACGCUGUCAGGCAUCGUUGCCGACGCUCUGAUUGAGAGGAGAGUUUUCAGCGUCACCACCGUACGAAAGAUCUUCACAACCACCGGUCUGCUGCUGCCGGCAGCUUUCCUCGUUGCCGUGGGUUACUCCGGCUGCAGCCACAUCCUCACCGUCACCUUCCUCACGCUUUCCACCACCGUCGGAGGAAGCAGCGCCUCUGGAGUUUACAUCAACCAGAUAGACGUCGCUCCUCGGUACGCAGGAUUCCUUCUGGGAAUCACCAACACAUUCGGAACAAUUCCAGGCGUUGUGGCGCCGAUCGUAACCGGAUACUUUACUGAAAAUCACACCCUGGACGGCUGGAGGAAGGUUUUCUGUGUCGCUGCAGGAAUAAACAUGGGCGGCGCUCUCUUCUACUUGAUAUUCGGCAGCGGGAAGAUCCAACCGUGGGCGGAAACCGAGGAGGAGAAAACGGAAACGGAGAGGAGGAGGAGGAGGAGCAGCUCGCAAUCAGACAGCAGCUGAACUAACACAGGAAGAAUGGUAGCAGUGGAACACAUAUUUAGACUUCUACCUCUGAAAACGGAUUCAGGUUGUUAGAAUAUAUGCAGUAUUCAGACACAAGGAGCCAAGAGCAGCAGAACAUUUACAGAACUGGACCAGAGCAGCAAAUUACACUGAAGUGUCUGCAGUGUUUUUACCUUUAACAUGGAAAAGUGUUUGUCCUCUUGAGGAGUUUAUACCCAAGUGAACUGCUGCACUUACUUUUAUAAUAAUUCUAGGUAAGAAUAAGAGAUUAUAGAGCAGUUUUAUACGUCAAAAUGUAAUUUAUACACGUUUAAGCCGAUAAAUUCUGACAUCUUUUGAAAUCUAAUGGUGUAAACUACUUUUAGAUACUACCGCAACAGUUCCUUAGUUUUCUAACAGAAGUGUUCAUGCAACAAAAUGAUACUUUCUUUGCUUUCCUGUCAUCUGAAGGGGAACAAACUUCUCAAAUCACAAUCUACUGCACUUAUUUUUAUAAUUCCAGUUAAGAAUAAGCAAUUAUCAAGCAGUUUAUACACGUUUAAGCCAUUAAAUUCUGACAUCUUUUGAAAUUUAAUGGCGUAAACUACUUUAAGAUAGCAACACAACAGCGACAACAGUUCCUUAGUUUUGCAACAGAAGUGUUUAUGCAACAAAAUGGUACUUUCUUUGCUUUCCUGUCAUCUGAAGGGGAACAAGCUUGUCAAAUCACAAUCUGCUGCAGGUUAUUUUCACUGCAAGAGACCAACAAACGAUGAUUUUAACACUUUUUAUGAAGCAAAAAAAGACUUUUAUCACUAUACCAAGAUAGAUUUACAUGAUUCAACACAUGCUGGACUCACACCGCCAUCAACAAUCAGGAAAUGUGUUUACCGCGGUCAAAAAGCAAAGUUUAGUUCUUUGUUUUUGGCUCAUAUUCACAUUUGAACACAUACAUCUCCUCAGGUGAGACCAGAACAAAUCAGCAUGUGUGAUCUGUUUCCUGUGUGGUUUAUUUUAGAUUUAUUUGGAACAAAGGCACUGUUGUUUUUGAGGGUUUUUUUGUAUGUUUUAAAGCUUUUUUAAAUUUUUUUUUAAAAAAUGGACCAAAUGUUUUAUGAACAAACUUUAAACAACCAGAGUUUUAUUAACGGCACCACAUGACCUUCAGCUGCUUUGUUAACAGCUUUAUUUGUUCUCUGAGCACUUUUACAGACUGUUAGAGGCACUUUUCACCAACAGAAAUGCACCAGAUGCCUUAUUUUUGAUAACAGGAAAACCAACUUACCCAUUUGUUGGACUUAAAGCUCCUUCAACUGCCAGCAUUUAAACAUUUUCUAGUGUCAUGACUUUGUUCUGAGUGAAUUUGUGGUGUUUUUAACUGUAUGUAUGAGUUCACAUCAGCAACGAGAUGUUUCUUUUUGAUUUCUCCGACUGCAAUAAUAGUUGUUUUUAUAAGAUGUAGGGAAUCUGAUCACCUGUCAGCUCAUACACUUUAUCAAAGAGCAUUGUGAUUGUAAAGAUAUGAUGUUUGUAAAUGCAUUGAAUAAUUUAUUUACCUUCCCUGUGCUUUGAGAAUGUGUGGUCGACAGUUGUACUGUUUUAUUGUGAAAUUAUGUUGUUUUACUUUGAAAAACUAAAAUAGGUGGCAUUUAAAAGGACUUUUUUUUCAUUUUUCUGUCAGUUUAACUGUCAAGAUAUUUACACGGAUUAUUAAAAAUCAUCAUGAGGGGAAAUAUAA